AUGACUGCGCAAAACGUACUUCCUUGGGUAGAAAAAUAUCGUCCAUCUAAGUUAGAUGAUGUCGUUAGCCAUGAAGCAUGCAUUAGUACUAUCAAGAAAUUCAUUGAUAAGAACUGUUUACCGCAUUUGUGUUUUCAUGGACCUCCAGGUACCGGAAAAACAACAACAGCUAUUGCAAUCUCGCACCAACUCUACGGAAAUGAUACAUCAAUGUCAGUUUUAGAGUUAAACGCAUCAGACGAGCGUGGUAUUGAUACUGUUAGAAUGAGAAUCAAAGAUUUUGCAAGUUCAAGAAGCUUAUUUGGUCCAAAGAUCAAGCUUAUUAUCCUUGAUGAGUCAGAUGCUAUGACUGGCGCUGCUCAAGCCGCUUUACGUAGAAUCAUGGAACAAUUUACUUCAAAUGUACGUUUCAUUCUAAUCUGCAACUACCCUGAGAAGCUCAUCCCAGCGCUUCGUUCCAGGUGCACGGAAUUCCGUUUCCAGCCUUUACCAGACGAAGAUGCAGCCAAAUUCCUUAGACACAUUGCUGAUGCAGAAAAGCUUAACAUGGACGAAGGAGGUCUCAAAGCUCUGCUCAAACUUGGCAUUGGCGAUCUCCGUCGUUCUAUUAAUCUUAUGCAGACAACAUCUAUGUCAAAUACAAAAGAUAUUACAGAGGCAAACGUUUACAGAUGCUCUGGAUAUCCGUUACCUGAAGAUAUGGCUAGAACUCUCGAACAAUUAAUUAAUAAGCCAUUAGAUGAAGCCUUGAACACUUUAAACGACCAAGUAUUCAACAACGGACUUUCCCUCCUCGAUGUUAUCCGUGAACUCCACAGCCAAGUCGUUUUGAUGGAGUUUCCACCACUUGUUCUAGCAAAUCUCAUUGAAAGACUAGCCCAAAUAGAAAGAUGCUUGGCAGAAGGUUCUCCUGAGCGCGUACAAUCAGCUGCAAUUGCUGCUGCCUUCCAAAUGCUUAGAAUGGAAAUUGAAGCUUAA